AUGACCCGACUCGAAUGUUUAUGGUCAAGAUUGCUCUCGAUCAAACUACUUCAACCACCACACCCUCAUACAAUUCAUACUCUCACUGGCUCGCUUGGUCGAUCGAUCGGAUCCAGUAGUAGAACUUGGAAGCGCCCUUCCAGUCUUCGGCCCCCACUUUCGUUCUACUCCACAAGCACCACCGCGUCACCCUCCUCUGCCUCUGCCGGCUCACUUGAAGACAUACUCGACCCUAAGCCUUACUCAGAUCUCGUCCCUCAAGCGCAAGCCAGCUUAGUCGGCCCACAGCACUCGGCACAGCUCAUCCAACGGCUUGAUCGACUCCUCGACCUUAGUCAUCAGCAACUCAGCCAAGCACAGCAGCAGGCGUUCGUCGAGCUCCUCAGUGACCAUCGGCUAUGGACUGCCUACCUCCAAGCACUCAUCCAGCAGUCAGGCCAGUCGAUCGGCCAACUGACUCAGACCAUCCAGCUCAAGUCCCAACGACGUCAAUCCAUCCUCGAUCAACUCAAACCCGGCACUCGCCCCUCGUCUGACCAACAGGCUACCACCUCCCCACCCAUUCAGUCCGAUCAUAAUAACCACAGCAAUACAGACACAACAACAAGCAAGACAACCGCCAAAGACGACAAACCACAUUCGAUCACAUCCUUCCUGGCUUCCUACAACCUAAACCCUGCUAGUCUCGUCUCGGCUCUCUUCAACCGUGGUGGUUCCAAGGCUACCAUUCAAAACAUCAAGGACUCCGAACUCCAUGCUGCCAAUCGAGAUGCCAUUGCUGCCACUCAACCUCGUCCCAAAUCAUCAUCACUCGAUUCACAACUGUUCCCCAAUCUCAAAUCCGAUACUCGUUCCAAUUCGGAGAAUGUCGGGAGCAUCAAGGUGGUCGUCGAGGAACUUAGGGGGAACCCUCUCUUACGAGCCCUACGCUUCCUUGCAGUCACAUUGGUCUAUUCAUUCAUCAUGUUGACACUACUCAGUUUGGUGAUGGACUCAUCUGGUUUACUGAAAGCGACCUCCCCUACUGGCGGUCCCACCGAAUUUAAGCCGCAAGGCCAAAAGCCAGUCACAUUUGGUGAUGUGCAUGGUUGUGAUGAAGCUAAGGAAGAACUGAAAGAAGUAGUUGAUUUCUUGAAGGAUCCUCUCAGGUUUGCUAGGUUGGGCGGACGUUUACCAAGAGGUGUCUUGUUGACCGGUCCCCCUGGAACUGGUAAAACGUUACUAGCUCGAGCUGUUGCAGGUGAAGCCGGAGUGCAAUUCUUUAUUGCCUCUGGGUCUGAAUUUGACGAAAUGUAUGUUGGCGUUGGAGCUCGUCGGAUUCGAGAGCUGUUUGCUGCGGCCAGAAAGGCAGCUCCUGCAAUCAUAUUUAUUGAUGAGUUGGACGCGAUCGGUGGUAAACGUUCACCCAAGGAUCAGCAUUACAUGAAACAGACCCUAAAUCAACUUUUGGUAGAGCUCGAUGGCUUUCAGCAAAGCGAGGGUGUCAUUUUGAUGGCUGCCACCAAUUUCCCAGCUUCCCUCGACAAGGCACUCACUCGUCCUGGAAGGUUUGAUCGACACGUUGCAGUACCGUUACCUGAUGCUAGAGGGAGGAUUCAAAUUUUGAAGCAUCACUCUAAGAACGUGACCGUUGAUCCAGCUCUGGACCUUACCGUUGUCGCUAGAUCCACACCCGGUUUUUCUGGUGCAGAUCUGCAAAAUUUGGUCAACCAAGCCGCAGUCAAAGCUUCGCGAGAAGGUGCACAGUCUGUUAGAGCGCUUGACUUUGAUUGGGCUCGUGACCGAAUUAUGAUGGGAGCUGAAAACAAGAGCUAUAUUACUACAGCUGACCAAAAGAAAUUGACGGCCUACCACGAAGCUGGGCAUGCGUUGGUCAGCAUGUAUACUCCUGGUGCCACACCACUGCAUAAGGUUACAUGUCUUCGCAGAGGACAUGCACUUGGGAUCACACAUUUCUUACCGGAAAUCGAUAAGGUAACGGAAAGCUAUAAGGAAUGUUUGGCAAGACUUGAUGUCGGAAUGGGAGGUCGUGCAGCAGAAGAAAUCUUGAUGGGAAAAGAGAAUGUUACGUCAGGAGCUUCGUCGGAUAUCGAUAAUGUGACCCUGGUCGCAACCGCGAUGAUUAGAGAGAUGGGAUUCUCGACUAGGUUAGGACCCCGAGCUUACCGGACAGAUGAUCAGUUAGCCCCCAACACCUUGGCUUCGAUUGAUGGGGAGAUCCAGGAGAUGGUUGAAGCUGCCGCUACAAGAGCUCUCAACCUCUUACAAUCCAAGCGUGAUGAACUGGAUCGAUUGGCUCUAGCGUUGAUCGAAUAUGAAACGCUUUCGGCUGAAGAAGCUUGGAAGGUCGUGAAAGGUCACAAGCUCGAACGAAAUACAGUUUAA